AUGUUGCAGGUGAUGAGGCGGAAAGAGAUCGAGCACAUUCGAGAGAAGUCCAUGCUGCAGAAGAAAAUCACAUCUCUGGAGGCCCAGCUGACCAAGGUCCAGGAGCAAGUGGCCAACUUGACGAUAACCCUACGUACUGCUGUGCAUAAUAGCAGUAGACUUCAGCCAGAAGCUAGCCAGAAUAUCCCUGUCUACGUGGGCCAACGUCAGCACGUGCAGUAUCUCAGCAAUCAAGACUCAGCCACCAGCAGUCAGCUCGCAGAUAGGAUAGACAGCACCAGCAAGAAGUUCCAGCUUCCGUCUCAAGACAUCCGACUUGCAUAUCCUAACGAUGGAUUAAAUCCUGUCCCAAGAUAUCGUUCCCAAAACGACAAAAAUCCUAUCUUCUACCAAGAGGACAGAAGAUAUCCUCACUACCCCAAUUAUAACACAAAUACUAAUCGCUACAAAGAGGAAAAUGUGUUAGACAAUACUGGUAAUGAUUACAUACAUGAUAAUCAAUUCGACAGUGCACUACAGAAACGCCAAGAUCAAAUUGAUCCUAAUCCUUUGGCGCACGAAAAAUACAAAGAUGAAAUUAAGAGCAACAACACAGAUUCAAAAUUGAGUGAAAGAGAAAUGCGUGAUACAUCUAAUGACGAGAUGGCUAUCAAAGAAAACAUCUUUCGUUCUGUGCCAGAUGGAAGCAUAAGGCUAGACAGAAGAGCACCAGAAAGUGCCGAAGUCUUGGGGAGCAAACAAAAGUUGUAUCCUUCGGUGGUAGGAACUGAAAACGACCCAAAAGACAUAAACAAGAUAACAGGGAAUGAAAGUGAACAGACUAACUUAGAGAAAUAUUUUCAAGAGAGGUUAAAGAUGGCGGAAAUUCUGAAAGGACAGUCGUAUAAAACAGAAUACGAGCUAAUACCAUUUAAUAGGUUUAUUUUCAACCGCAUUUUCUUGGUAGAUCCUGGGCUGGGCAAAAGAGUUGUGGAAAAACCUAUAGGGUCAAAGAAGAAAGAUUUGAAUGAGAUUCUAUUUAAUGCAGUAGAAACACUGAAUACAAAUCGCCAACAGAACAGUCAAUACACGUAUAAUGACUUUAUUGAAGGAAUCUACCGCUCUGACCCAGCGACAGGUUCACAGUAUGAACUGUUCUUUUCAAAUAAAGAUGAUAAAGGCUUAAGGCACCUAAGAUCUUACAUAAAACUGACUCUCUUUCGUCCAUUUGCCCCACCAAUGGCAGUUCAGAGGACUGUCAUCAAUACAGCUUCUGAAUGGAUCAACAUCAUCCUUCCGUUGUCAAACCGCGUGGAUACUUUCAAGUUGUUCAUGGAUCAGUUUGUCAGUGUGUGCAUCAAGCGUGACAGGCGUAUUUACCUCACCGUUGUCUACUUUGGAAUAGAGGGGCUAAAAGAAGUGAAAGCCAUCAUGAGUCUAGUGGCCAAAACUCACAAGUUCAAGCACAUGAAGCUAGUCACGUUAAAUGAGACUUUCACUAGAGGUCGUGGUCUGCAGCUGGGAGCAUUGAACUGGAAAGGCGGUGGAGACGUUUUGCUGUUUUUCUGUGAUGUAGAUAUUGUUUUCACGUCAGAUUUUCUAGAGAGAUGCCGGCUGAACUCAGACAAGGGUCUGCGUGUUUAUUAUCCUAUUGUAUUCAGUCUGUACAAUCCCAACAUCGUGUACUCUUUACAAGAUGUUCCACUGCCUUCAAUGCAGGACCAGCUAAUCGUGUCCAAAGACACCGGCUUCUGGAGGGAUUUCGGCUAUGGCAUGGCGUGUCUCUAUAGGUCCGACUUUCUAAAAAUAAAAGGGUUUGAUGAACAGAUUACAGGAUGGGGAGGCGAAGACGUUUUUCUCUAUCAAAAAUUUGUACGCAGUGAAUAUUUUGUGGUUCGCGCUACAGAUCCAGCAAUCUUCCACCUGUGGCAUGAGAAAGUAUGCGACCCGAUGCUGAGCACUGAGCAGUACCGGAGCUGCAUUCGGUCUAAAGCUCUCAACGAAGCUUCUCACGCACAGUUAGGUCUGCUUGCUUUCAAAGAUGAAAUAGAUGUGCACAGAGGUAUCAGUGAAAACAAUAGCCUGCUCAAUAAAGAGAAGAAUGGCUAA